UGUCAGAAAAUUAACAUAUGGAGUAGCUCGGUGUGUCGAGUUCUCUCGUCUAUUUGCAGAACCUCGUGCCCUACAAUGAAGAAGGCCCGUGGCGUGCACGUGCUCACACUCGCAGGAAGUGACUGAAUGGGCUGCAGAUUUUUUAAUUAAACCGGUUGAACAAUAAAUCAUUUUACCAAAUGUUGGUUAAUUGCAGAUUUGAUAUGUUUGUACACACUUUAUAACAAAAAAUUUCAAAUAACAAGUUCAAUUACUUCCCCUUAUUGUUUGCUGACCAGUUAAAGGUGGACUUGAAAACAAAACGAGCUUUCACACCGCUAUAACGACCAAAUGGCAACAGUAAAACUUAUUUAUAGGAUAUACGACGACGAAACGAAAAGAAAAAGUCAUCGAAAGCUUUCUGAAUCAUGUUCAAUGUUAGAGCGAAGUUAGGAAAAGCGACCGACAACAUCUACUACACCCAAACGAACGGAUGUGAAACUGUGGAACCUACGAAAAUAGAUUUACGUGUUGUGUUCAUUAAUCCAAUAUUGGAACAACUCCAUUCAGGAAUAAGUGAUUACGAUUUCUUUCUAAACAACCAUUUCCUGCAAAACAAUUCUUUAAAUUACAGAUAUACACAGAAAAAUUUAUUCUAAUUCCUAGACUUUACUAAUUGUUUUUCUCUGUUUUGCCAAAUAUCUUAGUCAUAAAUCACGGUCCAGGUGAUUCAGAUUCAGGAAGCGACACAAGACAUUUCGCAGACGCCAUAAGGUCACCAAACAACCUCCCCAACCCCAAACAGAACAUCGCCCGUCGUCGGUUUGUAUACAAAGAGAUCGGGGGUGAGAGUUUAUUUGGACUUUAAGUCGGAAGUCAGAGGUUGUGCUAGACUUCGACCUAGACAGGCCAGGUGGAAUUCCCCCUAAAGAUUUUAAAAGGACCAGAUAUAUUAAUCAGCUGACUUCUUAAUCUUUUUAAGAAAUUAUUUUAAUUAAAUAAAUCUAAAAAACACGUGUUCAACAAAGUAAAGUGUUGACAUUUCUGUCAUAAAGCUCACGAUAAAAAUCUUUAAGAAAAACAAAGACGAUAAUCAUAAGAUAAAGAUGGAAGCAAGUACCUCUUCGACGUUAAUCAAGAAGGGUCCAUACGACGCAGGAGGCCCAAUGGGACGAAUUUUGAAGCGAAGGGAGCUCCGCGCGAUGCGAGUGAGACAGACGUCACAAGAAGCUUGGGAUCCCCCUCUAAACUGAAACUUGGCACGCGCCUCGGAUAUUUCGUAAAUAUAGAACAGCUACCACGUUUCUUGCACUUCAGUUUCAACCCAACCACCAACACGCCACCAUCAAUUUUCAGCGGACCACCGAAAGAAACGACAAACCCCCCUUGUCGUCGUUUCACACCAACACAAAAACACUUAGAUUUUAUUUUUAAUUUGAUACAUCAAGAGUGUACUAGGAAUAAUUUUGGAUGAAAAGUCGUAUGUUUCUAAUUGUCAAGUUGUCAAAUUUAUUCCACACCUGUUGCGUGAUCGAUUGAAGACUUUGAACUGUAAAAAGCUAUUUUAAGUCUUGUUGAAGAAUUCUGGAAGGAUUCCUAAAGCGGUCCUGAAGCGAAAGGAACCUGCUUGAAAUACUCUGAAAAACAACGUUUUGUGACUCAUCGCCAUGCCUAGAGCGUUCCUGAUCACUCAUCGUCGUUACAACGGCGAAGAUACCGAUCAAAAAGAUUGCAGCCCGGAACGCGUAGUUAGCGUUGCCGAAUAUCCAGAUUUUCAGGAAUCUGAUAACAGUUCCGAAUGCCCAAACGAACUUUAUAAUCUCACAAAACUUGCUGAAGUUAGUUUGGCCGCCGCCGCUGGAAAAAUAUCAGAUUAUCGUCAUUUAUCAACCGCUAAUUCACAAAACAAUGACGAACCAACAUUUACCUAUACUCAUAAACUUUUUGAUAAAUCAUCUAGAGCACCUCGACCACAUUUACAAAAGGGGGAUAGUAUUGACCGAACAACUUUAUCCCCAAGCAGUGUCAUAAUCGAUCAAGUUCCAAAAUCUGAACCAAUGCAACUUGAUUCAUCCACCGAAAAAAUUAAUGAAUCUCAAGACGGUCAAAGUCACGACCAUGAAUGUUCAGACUGCGGAAAAAGAUACAGCACCUCAAGCAAUUUGGCCAGACAUAGACAAACUCACCGAAGCCCCGCUGACAAAAAAGCAAGAAGAUGUCCUCAUUGCAACAAAUUAUACGUUAGUAUGCCCGCUUAUUCCAUGCAUGUAAGAACCCAUAACCAAGGAUGUAAAUGUCAAUAUUGCGGAAAAUGCUUUUCAAGACCUUGGUUAUUACAAGGACAUAUUAGAACCCACACAGGUGAAAAACCAUUUAAAUGUACAAUAUGCAGUAAAGCUUUCGCGGAUAAAUCAAAUUUAAGAGCUCAUAUUCAAACCCACUCGAAUACAAAACCUCACGUUUGUUUACGUUGUGGAAAAGCUUUCGCGUUAAAAUCAUAUUUAUACAAACAUGAAGAAUCUUCUUGUAUGAGAAUUAAUGGUAGGCACUCAUCGCGCGAAGCAACUCCCGAUAAAAACGUAGCCUCCCCAACGCCCGUUAUCGUAUCUCAUUCUUCGGAAUCUGGAAUAAAAAAUCCCGAAAAAUUCCUACCUGUUAAUAGACCAGUGAGAUCACCACUUUAUUACAGAUCGACUGUAAUAUCGCCGAAUCCUGAAAGAUUAUUAUAUUCGAAAAUUCAACAUCCAUCAGUGAUUUUAAGUGCUGCUAGAUUUACUGGGAUGGGUCAAAUGUUACAAGAUCAACCAAUGGAUUUUUCUCCUUCAACUGGAAGAGAUCAGUACGGAAGGGAAAAUUUUCAAAAUAUGGAAAGAUCUUCGAGUUACUCUAUAGGGUUGGCAAUUGCGGUUUAAGUGCUUGUUAAAAAUAAUUAUAAAUUCCUUAUCAGGGACCAUUUAUCUAUGUUACGUCCAAUUUACAGUUUAAGUUUACGUUAAUAACAAUAUUUAAAAAAAUAAAGUGCUCUUAUACUGUGCCUUCCAAUGUUUUUAAAAAGUAAGUUUAAGUUGUGAAUUCACAUGUGCCAUGUUAUAAUAAUUAUUAUUAUUCAUUGUUGUAAAUACAUUAUCAUGUGUGAGCUAUUUCAUUGUGGUGCUAUUAUUUGUAUUGUUUAGAAUUGUUGUCCUCGUAUAUGGCAGCUAAUAAUUUAUUUAUCCCAUUAAAAAAAAAUGUACAUUAAAUUUAUUCUUCAAAAAUUGUAAAUAUUGUAUAACAUUGUGCUUUUUCGUAAUCUCAUUUAGUUUUAGGACCUCUGUUGGCUAUGGUAUUCGCGUGAUACUAUUAGCCGAUACGCUACCCGGGUUUAAUUUAUUUUUUUUUACUUUCUACUUCUUAAAUUUUUUUAGUUCUUAUUUAAAUGAAAUCAUAGGCGAGAGUGUUACUAGUCCAAAAAUGUGCGGAGGAUAAAGCUAAAAGCUGCCAAAGCGCAUAGUUUUUAAGUUUUUAUUCUUCUUUUUUUUAACUAACAGCUAUAAUAUAAAGAGACAAAGAACUGAUAGUUUCGUAAAAAAAUAUCUUUUUUUUUGAGUCCCUCCUACUAAUACAAUUUUCUUUCUUAAUACUUAUUAAGUUUAUUUUUUUUUUAAUUUAUAACCUAUAUCGGCUAAUGAUAUAUUGAGUUCCCUAGUCAGAACAGUAGAUUAGGUUUUAGGUGAUAUUUAUAUAUAAUAAUAAAAAUCUAACGGUCGGUUAGUGCAAUAUUAGAUUUAAGUGAAACAUCAAAAAGAUGUACUUACUUAAUUAUUAUUUAAUUUAAUGUUGUGUACUUAAUCUGUAAGUUUUUGUUGUUUUUUUUUGUACUAAAUAAUAGUUCAUUCCCCGAAUAUUUCAAAGGCUUACUCAAGUUUCAUUCCUACAGUAGUUUUUUGUACAACGCAGAUUUUUUUAAAACGUGUACUUUUAUAGUUUUGUGUUUUCUAGAUUUGUGUACUUUUAUACAAUAAAAUAUGCUGUAAUUUCA